AUGUUCAAAAAGACCGUAUUUCCAGAUAAGGUCACCAUACAGAACCUGGCUUCAGUGCUCCACCUCAACCAGUUGGUAGUAAGACUUGGUUCAAGAACCAGCAUGUCAAACGGAAGAAAUAGCAGCAACAAACUCAACCAAGGAAUAUCAAACCAGACCAUUUCAGUGAAGGAGGAAAAGACCCCCUUACCCAUAACUUCUGUAAACACUCAUCCAAUGUGUCCUGCAAUUUUGAUUGACCAUGACCAUGAUCCAUGUGAGCCUUCUGAUAUCAAACAACCUGGAGAGGCUGGUGCCUCUGUGUGUAAUUCAUCAUUGGAUUCUCAGCCUUAUGAUAUCCAACAGAUAUGCCUGGAAGUUUCUGAUCCCCCUUGGGCCACCAUCCCCUACGAAAUAGACCUAUUUGUUCAACUCUAUGCAUUACCUUGGGAAGAUGAUCCCAGCAGCCUGGAUCAGUAUCUCCUUCCAGGGUGCCUUGAUUGA